AUGUCAAGUUCAUCUGAUAGCGAAGAGACAACAAGCUCAUCCGAUUGCAGUGACAGCAGUAGCGAAACUUCUGAAGAAAGUUCAGGAACAACGAGUUAUGAUAAAGAGGAAGACGAAACAACGGCCACAACAUUCAUUUCCUCUUCUAAACCUUCUGUCUCGCUUUCUUGCUUUCAUAAAAAUAGACAACCAAUAAAAACGUCAAUUACCAGCAGAAAAUGCAUUUCUACCGAGUUGUUGCAAUUUUUCACUAUUAAAGAUACUAUUCCAAAAUUAAAUAACGCUGACAAGUUACAAGAAAAAAACAAAAAAAUAAUAAGUUUUAAUAAUGAGAUUGGAAAAACGGAAAAAUCUAGAAAAAAUGAUAGCGAAGAGGAUAAUAUUAAGAAAUUGAUUUCUUUGCUGGAAGAGUUGAAAAAAAGCACUUUGUUGGGCGAUUCUAUGCAUCAAGUUUCAAAAAAUGUUGAACAAAAUUGUGCAGCAAACAAUGAAACUGAAAAUAUUUUUGUCGAUUUUGUAACGCAGUUGGUUUUGGCGCAUUUACCGAAAGCGCAGUUAAAUGAAUUUAGUGGUGCUAAUAACAGUUUGAACGUAUACAAUAACACUACUUCGUUUACAUCAGGUCAGCAUAACAACUUCAUUCCAGAUCUAAAUAUGAUAGAAAAAGUCACAGGAACACGUUCCCCUUAUGUUUCUCCGCCGGCCAACAACGUUGAGAAUCAUCAAAACCAGGGCAGUUGCAGUCAAUUUAAUAAUAAUUUUGGCCAUAAUGUCAAAUUGUACGAGUAUAUGAAUAAUAUAAACAAACAAAGUGGCAGUAUGGCGAGUCAAAAAGAAAAUUUAGAAAAUAUCAAUACUGGCGAAUUAGUUAAAACAAUGCUAAAUACAAGUUUAUAUUCAGAUCGUAGCUCGCAAAGUUUUCAAAUUCCUCAAAGAAACACGUUGGGUGCUGCUUUCAGGAAAGACAUCAACAUCAACCGAGAUAUCAUUGGAGACGUUUUGAAUACCAGGUUUUCUUCUCUACAGUCAUUUAACGAAUCGAGGCCGAACAACGACGUUGCCUGUUCAGGACGAAAUUCUUGCAGGCUUGGUGUUUCUAACGAGAAUCACAUUAGUUCAUCUGUCAAUACAAAUGAUGAAAAUUUGAGCACUGGCGUUUCUAAUGCAAACAAUUUUUCAGCCAGCAAAUCGUCAAAAAAUAAUGAGACUUUUGAUUCCAAAAUUACAUUUCUGGGUCGUCGUGAUACCAAUAAUAUUUUUUCCAAGUUGUUACCCGAGCAAAGUUGUUAUUCAGGCCCAACAAAAUUUGCAGAUAAUGAAGUGACUCAAAGUAUGGCUUCUGCAAAUUUUUAUAAAUUAACGGAUGAUUCCAAAACGUCUAAUUUUUUAAAUAAUGAUUGUUGGGAAACCUACAAUAAAAAAUUAGAAACGUCAAAAAAUUGUAGCCGCAAUAUUUUGAACAGUUGCAAACAGCAUUACGAUACGAGCGAUGUUGGUUUAACCAACUUGAUCAAUGAAUCGCUAGCGGCGUGUCGUCUGGCAGAUGUUGAAACGAGAACUCAACUGCCAAUGUCUAAGCAAAACAAAGACAACUUUUUUGAUAGCGAUUAUGAAAAUUCGAUUAAAAAAUUGCUGGUCAGUCGGUGCGUACAAACUUCAUUCAAUCCUUUAAACGGUGACAGGAAAAAUGAAUACGAUGCAUGUUCAUAUGGAGAUAUAAGGAAGAUAAAAGAAAAGAAAAAAUUUUUAGUUUCAACAGAAUCGGCUUUAGAAAAUGAAAAAUGCAAAAACAGCCUUAAAAUUGUAAACUGCAAGAAAGACAAAAAUGAAUUAAAAAAAUCAGCUGAAGAUUGUUCUGAAAAUGAUAAAAAGUGUAUUUUUGAAUCGGAUUUGUUUGAAAUUGACAGAUUAAAUGAAGGAAAUCAAAAGAACGAAUUAAAACGAUCUAAAGAAAAGUCUUUGAAAAAUGCUUAUAAAAUUAUUUCAAAAUUGAUUUCGUUGGAAGAUGACGAAAUAAAUGAGAAAAUCCACAAGAAGAAAUCAUCAGAAAAUAGUUUAGAAAAAGAUGAUGAUAUUAUUAUAGAAUCUGUUAAAAUAAAAAAAGAUAAUAGUGGUAGUAAUUUGGAGAAUUCCAUCGAUAAGUGUUGCAAAAAAGACAAUAAAAUUAUUGUUGUUUCAGUGGUGUUAAAAAAUGAAAUAACGAAAAGUAAAAAUGACGAAAAUGAUUCGAAAAAUUUAAUAAAAAAUUUCCAUAAAACUGAGAAAAAAAUUAUUUCGGAAUAUAACGUGCUACAAAAGAAUUCAAAAACAAUUGAUAGUUUUGAAUUACAGCCUUUAAAUUCAGAUUUUGAGAGUCGUCUAAACCGGCAAACAUCAGCAAAAAAAACAACAACAUCGCCGAAUCAAUCGACGGUUUUGCAAGAGGGAAAUGACAGCAACAAUCGGAAAACAAUAAAUAAUAAAUGCAAGAACGUGGCAAAGAGACGUGAAUAUUUCGGUUUUAAAAAUUAUAUUGAAAUUCCAGUUGAUAGGCACUGGAAAAAGCGUCGUAAAACUUCAUCCAGAAAAAAAAUAUCUCGGUGGAAUAAAAAAUAUCACCUAUCGUUUAAGCGGUCGUGUAAUAAAAAAUGCGACAUAAAACAAAACACGCAAACACACACUAAAUCAUCUCCGAUCUCUGUGAACAUAAAAGACGAAAAGAACGUCAAAUCUUCUUUUGACCAGUCAAGUUCUUAUAACAACGAUCAUGUAACCGGUGAAAAAAUAAUGCAAAUCUUAGAUAGAGUUUCUACUAGAGAGAGAAAGAAUAAUUCAGCCUGUUCCUUGGACCCGUCAGAUCUCAUGAUUCAUUCUGCUUUAACCAAUUCCUUGGAACAAAAUUUUAUCAAAAAUCCGCAUAAAGUAAAGAAGGCUUUGUUCCCCGGUGAAAUAGAACGAAAAGAUUCCAUUAUGGAAAAAUAUAUGGAGCCGAUAACAGGUGAAACUUAUUCACAGAAUUACUUUUUGAGAAUUACAAACUCAGCAUGUGCGAAAACAACCGGAAACCCUAGAAUAAAUUAUACUGAUGAUGGAAAAAAUGGAUGUGAAAAUUUGUUAAAGUUUAAUCUGAAAAAUAAUGUCAAAAGAGAUCCCUUGAUUGAAACAGUUUUCAGUUUUGAAUCGACAACAAAUAAAUACAAGCCUACAAAUAAAACGUCUGAAACGAGCGUUGACAAAUCUACAUAUUUCCCAAUAACGAAAGCACUCGAUAAGUUAACUCAACCGCAAGUUAGUGAAGCGAAUCGUAACGGAAGAAGUUUGAACAUGACGUCAAACUCAAAAAAUCGUUUUAACAGUCAUCUGUCGUCUUCGGUGCAAAAUAUUCAAUUCGACUUCGAUAAUAUAACUUCAACUAGUAGUUCUGAAGAGUGUCAUGAAAGGGCUUUUAGCGAAAAUUCUUUAAAAAAUGCAAGCUCUUUUAUUUUUCAAUGUGACAGGAAUAUGUUGAAACACCGUGCAGAUGUGCAAAAAACCCAACCCGUAAAAGUAGAGACCACGAAGAAGAAGCGCAGUUUUGUUAAUUUAGUGAAGAAAAAAAUAAGAUCUAAAGGCAAAACUACAUUGAAUGCUUUUCAGUAUAAUCAAGCUAAAAAUAAAAACAAAUCAUGUAGAAAUUCAGGAGGCUAUUUCUAUGAUACAAAAAUUGGAUUGUUGAAUUCAAAUGCUAACUGUAAACAAAUAUGUGACGCUAACGAUAAUUACAUUAAUGUUAUUAAUAACAUCAACAGAGUGGAACUCUCCAAUAACAACAGCAUUAAUAAUAACAAUACUAAUAAUACCAUUAACAAUAAUAAUAACGAAAACACCAUUAAAUAUAAUGUGAAUAAAAAUGACUCCACAGACACAAAUGGAUCAAUAGAAAUCCAGCAAGCCUGCCGCCCCAUUGUGCCGUUGAAGCAGACGGCUCACCUGGACGAAGAAGAUCCGUGGAAUGGGGAGACUUUACUCAUGAGGGCUGUCCUCAACAAAUCCCACAAACAAGUUGAAGAUCUUUUAUUUGCUGGCUGCACGAUAGACCGCAUCGAUUAUAAAGGUAGAACGGCGUUGACGAUAUCAAUCAGUCUCGUUGAUGUUAGAAGUACUUGCAUGUUGCUCAAGCACGGUUCUAUCUUUAGAAACAUUAAAGCUUUACAGGCUGCAUAUGCCAGAUGUUCUGAUGUGGUUGAAUUCAUUAAAUUAAUGUUCAUAAUUUCUUAUUGUGGAAUUAAUUUAUCAAGAAAUAUAAAAUGGUGGGAGGAAACACUUAUAAACGUUGCUGAAAAUUGCUUAAAAAAUUACAAAAACACAACAGCUGGAUUGAUGUACUUGGAAAAAAUAAAAUUUAUAUCCCAUCUCUGUCACCAGCCACCGACUUUGCUUACAAGUUGCAUGUUGACUGUUCGAGGUCAUUUACUGAAAUUGAACAAGGGCAGAUCCAUUGUUGACUUAAUUUCUCACCUACCGUUACCAAAACGUUUAAUUUCAAUAUUAUCGUUAGACAAUAUUGAACAUUGCGACAACAUAACAUUUUGAAAUUGUAAAUUUUUAUCACAUUUUUUCAAUUUAAUAUAAAUUUGAAAUAUUUUGUUACCUUUAUUUUAACAACUAAGCGCAUUUUAACAUCUGUUUGAAACUACUGAAAUAACGCGAAUAAAUAUAAUAAAAUAAAA